AUGGAAAGAUACGUUCCGGUCGAGUAUACGAGUAGUCCAAUUGUGGAUAUUCUAUCGUCUACAUCGCAAGAAUGUCGUCCUACACCUAACACAGCACCUACAUUUGCAAUUCGAUCAGUCACUUGUUGUGCCUCUGGCUCCGGCUCAAGUUCGAGUCCUUGCCGAAACGACGACGACAAUAGAAGCAGUGCUGAUCAAAGCGCUGAGGAAAUGCCGCCGUGGAAGAAUGGCGACAGAACUGAAAACACAGGAGAUGAACUGGACGCGAGAAGUUAUGAUGAUGAGUUCAAGCAAGAAGCUCAGACAUCGAAUUCAUUCGAUGAUGGCCCAGAUCAGAUAGCACUUCUUGAACGUAUCGUUCGUACACAUCCCGUUUGGUAUCUUCAGCAUGUCAAUCGUUCGGUGGCCGUUCACCUGUUAAGACCAAUGCAACCUGGUGUAUGCCACUUCCCACUUGAAUCUCGAUUCUCAUCCUAUUAUGUCGCUAAAUUUCUCUCAAGUCAAAAAUUCUCCUGUACAUUCAGAGUAUUCAUUGUUCGUGCAUCAUCCAAAAAGAAUUCAAUGGCACUGAGCAUUCGUCUGGAUAAUCCAAGCAGUGCGGAUAUCGAUCACUAUUUGAUACAAACCGAUAAACGAACUCGUCAAGUUCACUUACAAGCUUCACCAUUUCGCUUCAAAUCCCUACCGUUACUGAUCGAACACUACUGCACUCAUGGCGAGGAACUCCAAGUACGUCUCAGUUUACCUGUGGCUAUUAGAGAAUGUCCUUCAACCAGGCAACUGCAAAGUAUUGCUCUAAUGGGCCAAGGUAGGCUUUUCCUAAAUCCUCAUACUGAAAUCCUUUUCGCACAACGGAAAUUCCAGUCCGCAAGCAAUCAUCAAAUGUCUCUUGGUUUGAUCUCUCAAUGA